CAUGCGCAGUAACAUCAGCUUGUUUACAAGGACGUGUACGUCGAUGUCAACAACAGUCUUUCCAAGAACUGUAUUAAGAUUAUGAUGCAUUUCCGAUCACUUCGCCUAACCUGGCCUGAUCAUCAAUCAUGAGUAUGAGAUACGCACCACGACAAGCUUGAUUAUCCCAUGCAUUUGUGCAAGAGACCGAGUUACAGUAGACUAUCAAGACUAAGAGUCACCAGAAUUAUUCAACAUGGUACAUGUAGCAGCCAUAUUAAUAUACAUAGCUGUCUUAGAAACACAAUAUUCUGCAACUGGUCAAGAGUAUGAUGUAUGUGCCACUGACUACGACUGCUCAAACCGCCAAGGCUACUGCCAUUAUGACGCAUUGAAAAAAGCCUAUGUUUGCAAGUGUUACUAUGGAUACUACGGCAGGAAGUGUGAAAAUAAAGGCACAUCCAUUUCGGAACCAAUCACCAAUGACUAUAAAAACAAUGAUGCAUGUAUCACAGACAGUGAUUGCACAAAUCGCCAAGGUUAUUGCCAUUAUGAUGAAUCAAAUGGUACCUAUGUUUGCAGGUGUUACUAUGGAUACUACGGCAGAAAGUGUGAAUAUUGUUACUGGUUUGAAUCGUCAUGUAAUGAUAAUGAUGAUGAUGAUGUAAUCACUUCCAUUCCACAAACAACCAAUGACUAUAGAAUUUGCCAUAGAAAUUAUUGCGGUGACCAUGGCGCCUGUUAUUAUACCUCUGAGGAUCUCUGGUGUGUUUGUGAUGAAGGCUACCAAGGAGAAUAUUGUCGAGACCGCAUACAAAUUGUUAACAUCGCAAAACUAAAAAGAGACAAGAUGGCAACAUUAAUAACAGUGUACAGUCUAACUAGUGUAGUUGUACUGGUGUGUGUCAUAGUUAUACUUUGUAAGGUUUUUAAUACAUGGGACAGUGGAUGCAGGAGAAAAUCUGAACAAACACAUAGAGAUACUACUUUUGAAGGUGUAGAUCUUAGCCAUGAACCUGGGACAUGGCUAUCAAAUGAAAAUAAUUUAAGCAAUGCAAGUUUACAGCGUUCUAAUCACAAUGCCAGUGAUAGUGGAGAUAUUUUGAUGCAGAUUACUCCGGGUCAUAGUUCAGAUCAGCUUGCUGGACAGCACGAUUCAGAACAGACCUCAGAACUGCAUGGUAUGCAACAGCCCACCGCUCCAUUUCCAUUAGCUGCAAGUCCUAAUUCAGGGUAUCAAUAUGACGAUUUACCGCCAUCUUACAUGGACGUAUCACAAGCCACAUAUCCUGAACAUGCACCAACCCCUGAAAGAGAUCAGCAUGGUUCGAUGGGUAACACUCAUGCUAGUGAAUCCCCAACUGCACCAACCAUGGAUCAACCAGUCCCAGAUUCACCACCUCCAAACUAUGAAUCCGUGAUCGGAAUGCGAACCAUUGACAAUGAAACUGAUAGUAACUUACUACCAACGAACACUGAUGUUACUAACGGUAAUUACAGGUCCACUGCAGAGCAUUAUGUUUGA